AUGUUCCGUGCAGUUUUGUGUCGUAGCUAUGCCACUGCUGCCGUGGCCCGGGCUGCCGUAAAACCCACCGCUGCGGUGCCCGACGUAGAGACGUUUUUGAAGAAAAUCGGCCGUAACAUGGAGCAGUACAAAGAGCACUUUGAGACCUGGGACGAUUUCGCAAGCGUGAGCUCGACAAAACUCAAGGAUCUGGGCGUCGAAACCAGAGACAGACGGUACCUUCUACAGUGGUUCGACCGCUUCUCCCGCGGGGUCGAGUUGGAGGAAAUCAAACGGGGCACAAAGAAAUGGGGCGGAGAGCGCAACCGACGAGCGCAGCGGGCGGCUCAUUUCGGUCGGCUGCGGGCCGAGUCGUCUUAG